AUGGCACUCUCUCUGUCACUGAAACUCCAGCCAACACAGCGUCCAUCAAAGCAUAAAUUGCAAUUCAAACCUCCACCUCUCAGUAUUAGCAUCUCCCAAUCCCACCCCAAAAUACUCACCAUCCCCAACUCAAAAUCAAAAGAACGCCGAAGUUGUUUUGUAACCAAGGCAGUUGAAAAGGAGAGGAUGGGAUCGGAGGCAGUGGAGAAAUCGGAAAAAGAGUCAGAGUCAGAGUCGUCGGUGAGUGAGCAAUCAGUUGAGUCGGUGAGUGGAGAAUUGGGAGAGGAGAUAAAGAAGGCGAUGAUGGAGAGGAAGAGCAAGGAGGAAGGGAAUUUGUGGAGUGGAGUGGCAAAGGAGAUUCAAGAGAUAGAGUGGCCUGCUUUUGGUAAGGUUUUGGGAACUACAGGUGUCGUCAUUGGAGUUAUUGUUGGGUCUAGUGUCGUUUUGCUUACCGUUAAUGCCGUUUUGGCUGAGUUGUCCGAUCGGGUUUUUGCUGGUAGAGGCGUUCAAGAUUUCUUGAGCUAA